CCUGGAAUGAGGUAUUCAACCACCAAAAUUUCCCCAGCAAAGAUGAACAACUCAGCGGGAAAAGCCCUGGUAAAAUCUUCUGGGUUGAGAAAAUCCCAACAGAAGGCCAAAGAAAUUUACAAGAUGUACUUUAUGCAGCUAUGUUCUGGCCUUGUCAUAGAAAAGAAGACCUGUUACUUUAGGAAAGAAACUGUCAAAAGGCAUUCACCAGAAACAGUUGGAAAUUGCAAAGAGCCACAUCUGCUAUUCACUACCUUUUGGAAGCACCUGGAACACCUUGAACAAUUUGUGGAGGCCUUCCCCUUUGAUAUGCCUGUGGUCUAGAAAGAUACUAGAACAUUUGAUGGCUCAAGUAUCUUAGAAUGUUCUUUUUCCCUGAACACAUAUAGCGAUCAAUCCAUUACUUUUGGUUUUGCGGAUGGAGGUUAUGAGAUCUAUGUUGAAGAUUAGAGGGAAAAACAAGAGAAAUACAAGGUAUUAUUCUGUUACUCUGUCUUGCAGUUACCUGCAAGUGAAACAGGUUUUUGUGUUGAUUGUCACAAAUUAAUGGUAAGCCUCAGUCUUACAAAAGACAAAGAUUUCUUGCUGCAUGCCAACAACAAGGAGCACUCUGUGAAGCUACAGAAAUGUGAAAAUUCGUUGCCAGUCCAGAUCUUCUUUUUUCUUCAUACUGAGCUCCAGCCCUUCCCAUGUGUUUCAUUUGAAUGUAAGAGCAAUCCUGGAGUGUUUAUAGGAGUAAAGGAUAACCAUGUUGCUCUAAUUAAAUUAGAGCAUUUAAGAAGAGAGAAUAUAAAAUUUAAGCUGUCUUGAAUGUAAUGUGUUUGAAAGUUAUGAAUCCUGGGUUGAGUAGCCCAAAUAGCUACCAUGGAAGAGAUUGUCAAAAAGAGAGAGAGAUGAAAUAGAAUCUCUUGCCCUUUAAACAAUAACUCCCUUUCUUGUUCUUUCCCAGGCCAUAGUAACCACUAUUUCUACUUGUUAGUUCUGUAAGUUUACCUCUUCUAGGUGCCUCAUAUAAGUGUAAUAAGAUAAUAGAUGUCCUGAUGGUGUCUUUUAUAGCACAAAAGUUUAAUUUUGAUUAAGCUUAAUUUAUAUUUUAUAUUUUAAAUAAUUUUUAAUCUUAAAUUUGUAAAUUUAUAUUGUCACUGUGCUUUUGGUGUUGUAUUUAAGAAGCCAUUGCCUAAUCAAAGGUCAUGAAGAUUCACUUGAACCAUUUUUGAAUACUCUCUUGGUCCUCCCAUCCAUAUUUAAAAUAUCAAUAUAAUUAUUAAGAUUUUUAUGGGGAGGGUUUAUUAAAUGCCCUCUUUUUACAUUUUUAGAUCAAAAUAAUGGGUUUCAAACUGUAGAAUCUCCUGGGAUGCUUAUUAAAGCACAGGUUCCUUAGAUGAGUUUUGUACAUUUGUAGCAAACUUCUAGUAGACCAGCAUCAUGUAGUUGAAAAAGUGUGGAAUUAAAAUAGUCCAGUGUGGCCUGGCCAGCGUGGCUCAGUGUUUGAGCAUCAACUAUGAACCAGGAGGUCAUGGUUCGA